AGCAGUGGCGAACACUGCAACCUUGCCAAGAUGUCGGACAAAAAGUGAAGCUCAUUUUUACUAAAUAAUAAGUGAUAGUUGACACUAAUGCCCAAAGGUGAAACUUAGGAAUUUGAAGAACUGAGAUCAUUUCUCAUCUACAAGUAGUUAAGUCUCUGAAUAGGUUGGGAGAAAAAGAAGUAUAAUUUGAACAGGUUUUUUCCUUUUUUUGUGCAUUUCAUUUCUUGUUCUGCUUUUUAAGUCUGUCAUUUUGUUAUUUUAAUUAUUUUGGCUUUUAAAGUUGUUUGAAUUUUAUUAGGUUGAACCAUAUAGAAGUUGGUGUGUUUGCAGAUCAGAAAAUGUUUAGCUAGCAAUGAAAUGUUUAAGUAUCGGUAAGUUCGUAAUUAUAUUCUUGUUCUGUAAGAGGUUUUAACUGACGUUUUGGGAGUCCAUUUUGAGUUAGAUUGAGUACCAAAGACUGUCUGAAGGAGUGUUGCUCUGAUGGCAUAAGAACAAGGGGAACAGAGCCCCAUAAGGUAGAGAACUUCAACCCAGCAUCAUUCUAUCUUGCUAAAUCAAUAUGGUUCUGAGGGUAUAUAGAAAUUGGAAAAUUCAGAAAAUGUAGAAAGCUGUAAAGAAGAAAGAUUUUUUAUAAAUGACUGUUAUCCCACCAUCCAAUAAUAGUGUUGAUUUUUAAUGUAUUUCCUUUUAGUCAUAUAUAUACAGAAACUUACUCAGCCUUCAAAGUAAAUAUAGAGAGAAUAUAUCAUGAAACUACAUUAUUUUAUUUUUUAUGGUAUUUUUUAAUCAGUAUAUAAUGUACAUACUUAUAAGGUAUAUAAUGAUGUCUUGAUACAUACAGUAUAUACUGAUCAGAUCGUGGUAAUUGUACACAUACCCAUCAUCUCUAACAUUUAUCAUUUCUCUGUGUUGGGAACAUUCAGUAACCUCCUUCUAGCUAUUUGAAACUAUGUAAUAUUAACUAUAGUCUUCCUAGAGUGGUGUAGAACACUAGAAUGAGACUGUGUUAUGGUUAAAGCCUAGAUUUAUUAGGCUAUUGGGCUUUUUUUUUUUUUUAAAGUUUCUUAAAUGAAUAUUUUGAUUUUAGCUCCUAGACUGGUUUCACUAAAAUAGAAACAAAGUUGAAAUAACUGUUAUUGUACUAAUGACAGUAAUGUAACAGCUUGUAGUUUUAUUGCAAUUUUAUACAUUUUUAAUUCUUUCAAAUUUUCAGCCAUUGUAUUGUCUGUUUUUAUCAGCGUAACUAUCUUGUUUUAUACAUGGGAAACCACAGAGAGAAUAAGUUACAUGCCCAAAUUCACAAGUAGUAGUAGAAAAGCCUAGACUUUUAACUGUGGUGAAUACUUUUUCUAUUUAUUGAAAUACAUUAGUAACUCUCGAAAAUCACUCCUUUAUUCUGCAUUUAUUAAGGUGCUCAGUAAAUAUCGUUUAAAAAUAAAGUCUAUGGCAAGUGUAUAGAAUAAGAAGGAAUCUGAUUUGACUGGAGGGCAAGUUAUUUGGAGGAAGUAAAAUAAUUGAGAUCAGACUAGAAAGGCAGUAAGGGAGCCAUUGACUCUUCUUGAACAAUGGGGUACAAUAAUAAAAUGUACGUUUUGGAUAUUUAACCAGGCAGAAAUGAAAAAAUUGGAAAAAUGAACAAAACUAUAAGUCUAGGUGGUAAUCAUCUUCCGUGGUAAGUGUAUUAAAAACUGAAAGGAGGAAAUGCAUUUGAGAACUAUUGUGGAAAUAUAUUUUCAGGACUUGGUGACUAAGAACAGUGCUUUGAGGGAGAGAGUGGUCAAGAUGAUUCCUCAGUUUCAUACUGGAGUGCCUGGGAAAAUGUCGGAAAAAUACGGAGGCUUAUUUGGUAGCAAGUUUUUGAUUUUAGACAUGCUGUGGUUGAAAUCUCUACAGGACAUCUAGGUGGAAGAUGUGUAACUAGCAGGCAAAUUGUAGAUGGAAAAGGGAGCUUAGGAGUGAAGUCAGGGCUGGAGACCUAGGCAGAGAAAUUAUUUGUGUUGAGGGAAUAAUUGACGCCGUGUCAUCAUUCCUUAACAGCUACCUUCAGUGCUUUGCAUGUGCAUAGCAUCAAUGUAUUUGAGUAAUGUGUGACAGCAGUGUAUUCAGAUAGCUGUUGUAUGACUUAGAACUGUAUAGCCUCAGUAAGAGCGGGCCCUUCAGGAUUCAGAGGAGCCCAGCCUUAACAUUUUCAACAUGAUUGGCAGGAAAACACUGGCUCUUUAGGAAGGCUAUUUUAGUUGUAGGAGCAGAAAGUAAGUAAAGUUAUAUACCCUCUCUGUGCUAGGUGUUGGUAAGCCUUUUGUAUAUACUUUAUUUCUCAACAACCCUGUGAAGUACGGAGUGUUGUUCUCAUUUUACAAAUGAUGAAACAGAGGCUUAAGAGAGGGUAAGUUAUUUUAGAGCAAGAAUUUGAACCUGAUUAUUGUUCCUUCGAUGUUAUUGGUUUUUUUACUGUGCCACACACUUUGCUCUGUUUCCCAGUAAGACCUGUCAGAUAUUACUGUCAGGAUUAUGGUUAAAUAGGUUUUUUAUUUUGGGGCCAUGGCCACGUCUGGGACUGGCCAGACAACUGCUGCUGCUUCAGAUUUAAAAUGUAAUUCGUUGCAUUCUGAUUAUGGGUGGCCAUUUGUCUGUAAUAAGAAAGCAUGUGUAUAAAAUGAAUUAAAAAUGAAAGUUGGAUCACACGUUUUACUCAGUUGCCUACCUCUUGGAAAGCUUUCAAAUGAUAGCAUUUGUUUAUUGUCUUUUACUCUGCUGGAUACUUUCAAUUAAUCCUUCUAAAUAAAGAUACUAAAAUUACACAUUUUCAUAGCACCCAACUCUGUUACCUGAAAAUUGUCAUCAUUUAUGACAUUACUAGGAAAACCACAAUAUGAUCCCAGUUUGCAUUGUUUUAAAUAGACAGAAACAAGAUUGUAUAUUCUAAGAUACAAAGGCUUAUUUGUACCAUGAAACCUCCUGUAAUAUCCAUGCCUGAGUAGAAGAAGGUACAUUUACUUUUCUAUCUUUUGUUUGUAUUCUUGUAUACUGCUCAGCAAAUUAGAAGCAAGAAAUGUAUCUCAAAACUAUAGGGUAGUGUCAAAUAUGGGAACAAUGUAAUUUCUCUGUGCUAUUUCUGUAGUAUUCAGAAUGGGAAAUACUUUACUUUUCUCUUGAAAAAAGUGAUUUUAAAGUUUCUUGGCCAAUAUUCAGUGAAUCAUGAGAGACAAAAUUAAUGGUGAAUAGCCUUCUAGCUAGAACUUCUUGUGCAGCUGAAUUAUGAUUGUCAGUUGCCAUAUGCCAUACACUUAAAGGAAGUUAAUAUACUUCCUUUCUUUAAUAUUGCUCUUUGUUCUUUGGGAAAAUGCCAUGAGAAAAUAGGAAUUACCACUCUGGCAGUGUGUUUCAGUCUAACUCCUGACACCCUGUUCUGCUACUGCCCCUUCUCCUUGCUAGCAGCCUGAAUUCUGCUUAUCUACUAAAAGGGGGAUUCCAGACAGACGAGGAAACAGCUUUCAAAUGAGGCACUGCAGGCAUAGCAAGCCAUUCCCACACUGUGCAAUCUGGAAAUCAGGGGGCACCUCUCUGACGAUGAAUUCCAAUUAGUUGCUAAAGAUUCCAGAGUGUGUGCACAUACAGGCGUUUUCUUUCCCCUCCCCCUUUCUUCUUUUUCCCAAGCCCCCUCUUCUCCCUGUUUCCCCUCCUACUCCUUUAUCCCCUCCCUUCGUGUCUCAGUUCUGCUGUACGCGAGUUGAAGCACAUUCCUGCUUUGCAAGGCUUUCUGUUAAGGAUGUAUUGUGGCUUUUGUUUGGAUUGCAGCAUGCGGAAUUACAGCUGUUCAGAGGAGACUCAUUACAACUCCUGCUGAAGCUCCUAAUCUUCUUCCCUUCUCUUCUACCCUUUCCCCCUACCCUCACUUGGCCUGAAGACGUUGUCCCCAGAGUUUACGUUGCUCCCCUGGUGCUAUGUGUAUGGUGAACCUGGCGCUAUGGCCACGUCUGGGACUGGCCAGACAACUACUGCUGGCUCUCCUUAUUCCAGGAAGGAUUUAAAGGGGAAUUGCACUGCAGGCAAUGCACCAGAGCAGCAGCAUCGGGAGCUUGGGGACUAAGGCUCCUCUGACAUUAUUACACACAUGCAAAGCUGACCGCAAUGACAGCAGCUGCUUCUUUGAACUGUUGGCAGCAGCCAAGCGGCAGCAUGAAGUGACAGAUCACUCCUGAGCUCAAGAUGAACUCCACCUUGGAUGGUAAUCAGAGCAGCCACCCUUUUUGCCUCUUGGCAUUUGGCUAUUUGGAAACUGUCAAUUUUUGCCUUUUGGAAGUAUUGAUUAUUGUCUUUCUAACUGUAUUGAUUAUUUCUGGCAACAUCAUUGUGAUUUUUGUAUUUCACUGUGCACCUUUGUUGAACCAUCACACUACAAGUUAUUUUAUCCAGACUAUGGCAUAUGCUGACCUUUUUGUUGGGGUGAGCUGCCUGGUCCCUUCUUUAUCACUCCUCCAUCACCCCCUUCCAGUAGAGGAGUCCUUGACUUGCCAGAUAUUUGGUUUCGUAGUAUCAGUUCUGAAGAGCGUCUCCAUGGCUUCUCUGGCUUGUAUCAGCAUUGAUAGAUACAUUGCCAUUACUAAACCUUUAACCUAUAAUACUCUGGUUACACCCUGGAGACUACGCCUGUGUAUUUUCCUGAUUUGGCUAUACUCGACCCUGGUCUUCCUGCCUUCCUUUUUCCACUGGGGCAAACCUGGAUAUCAUGGAGAUGUGUUUCAGUGGUGUGCGGAAUCCUGGCACACUGACUCCUACUUCACCCUGUUCAUCGUGAUGAUGUUAUAUGCCCCAGCAGCCCUUAUUGUCUGCUUCACCUAUUUCAACAUCUUCCGCAUCUGUCAACAGCACACAAAAGAGAUCAGCGAAAGGCAAGCCCGCUUCAGCAGCCAGAGUGGGGAGACUGGGGAAGUGCAGGCCUGUCCUGAUAAACGCUAUGCCAUGGUCCUGUUUCGAAUCACUAGUGUAUUUUACAUCCUCUGGUUGCCAUAUAUCAUCUACUUCUUGUUGGAAAGCUCCACUGGCCACAGCAACCGCUUCGCAUCCUUCUUGACCACCUGGCUUGCUAUUAGUAACAGUUUCUGCAACUGUGUCAUUUAUAGUCUCUCCAACAGUGUAUUCCAAAGAGGACUAAAGCGCCUCUCAGGGGCUAUGUGUACUUCUUGUGCAAGUCAGACUACAGCCAACGACCCUUACACAGUUAGAAGCAAAGGCCCUCUUAAUGGAUGUCGUAUCUGAAGUGGCUCAGUUACGGGGUUCCCCUGUGUGUGUGUGUGUGUGUGUGUGUGUGUGUGUGUUUUAUCUCUAAGUAUUCCUCAUUCACUAGGAAAUCUGAGACAGAAUACUUUGACUCUAAGCAAUAGCAUGCAAAUUAUUCAUACGGAUACCUUCUAAGUUUGUAGAAAUGGUUUUCAAAAGUGCUUUUGAAUUAGAAGACUUAAGAUCAUGAAGACAAAUUGCUGUUGCUUUCAGUUUUUGAAAUGUCUUGGAAAUGACUACAGUUCUCAGAUUUAGAAUGAAUAAAGCCAUAUCUAACACCUCUUUCCAGCUGGCAUGACUGAACCUGAGUGUGAAAAGCGUCAGCAUUUUAAAAAGUCAUCAUUUUGUUGUCACUUUCUGGGUUAUUUCCAGCUAUUUAGGCUUCAUGUGCAAUUGAUUUCUUCUAACAGGGAAUAGUAAAAUAUAAAUUAAAAGGUUUUAGAAAUUAUUUUUUAUGUAUGCCAAAGCAUAACUACACUGCAAGUUUCAACACUGUCAUUUAGAAAGCCAAAUGUUCUAUGUUUUAUUCUCUUGAGAGAAUUCUCAGUAGGGUGAAUAAUGUGAGCACAUAAACACUAAUUUUAGAAUUUUACAGUGAACCAUGAAGCAAAAGUGCAAUCAAAUUAUACAGUUUAUGAAAAACUGUGCUACUUUUUGUGCCAUACUUCACAGAGAUCUAAAGAUAUGUGUGCAUAGAAGUGAUCAUGUUGUAGUAUUUUUGCCUGUGCCUUUGUGUUAAUGUCUAUAUUUAGAAUAUCUGAAUUGUUAGAUUUAUCUUUUACGGCAAAAUGUGUUUAAGCUAAAAAAUAAUUCAGUGAUAGGCUGUUGGCUGUACAUUUUAUAACAGUGACUAUGUACAAAAAUGUGUCUUUAAUAUUGUCUGUUCUUUCUAUUCAAAGACUUCCGAAAUAUUAGAACAUCAGGGAGAAGGGUAUCUGUCAUAAGCAACUGAGUCAGAAAGUAUACCAUAGUAUACUGAUUGUUUUUUAAAAAUACAAGGGAGCUGAGACAUUUUCUUUGUGGUUAAAUGGAAUCAACUAGUUAUUUUUGAAAAGUGUUCUUUCAGUUAGUGCUAAGGAAUCCACAUUUGAAGAGGGGAAGGGGAAACUCUUAAGUCUCUUAUUGCUAUUCUCUUUCUGGAAAAAAAUCCUUUGGCAUACAGUUCUUAAUAGUCUUUUUUUCUUCCCUGCCAAAGUACUAGUAAACCUAUAGGAUUUUACUAUUCUUCAUAGAAUUAUUAUUGAGUUAUGUGUUUGUAUAUAGUAGUGAUGUUUGUUCUUAAAAGUGAUGAUCUUCAGAGCAAGAGGUUUAUUUUUCUAAAAGGAGAGAAGGAAUUCCAGCAGCUCCAAGCACGAAAGUAUUUCCUCUACUUUUCUGCAGGUUUUAAUGUUUUGGAAAUCUUCAGGGGACUUACUUGAUCUCUGCCUUUGGCUAGAGGUUGUAAUCUGAAUGCGACAAUGGUGUUCAGUGAGAUGGAAGAUGGAAGAAACCCGGGGAACAUGGGUUAAAGUGGGUUUCUGAAUCCAAGAAAGGACAUGGAUAUUUAUAAAGCAGGCAGAUAAGCUUUGGUUUUCCAUCAUGAUGCCAGUGUUCUUACGAUUUUAGGCUUUAGACAUCAACUUGAUUUUAACCUCAGUUGUGUUCUAUUUAAACUUUCUUAUUUUAAGUGACUAAGCAUUAUAUAAACAUUCAAACUUCAGAUUCUGGAUUUUUCCCAAAAGCUUGCUUGCUCUUUAUGUUUAGUGUUAGCAAAUUUUAUUCUAAGCUGUUUCAAAAUUUAGAACUCAUACUGAAAUUCCAAGUUAUGUUAGAAAUGGCUUGCCAUUUCAAAUGGGAAACCUUUUCUGUUGGAUUCUGAAAAAUGGUUGUAUUGUAAACAUUUCCCCUUUAAGUGGUACAGAUCUAAAAAAACAAAAUUUACCUUUUUCAUAUAUGUUAGAGAAUGUAACCUGUUCACAUUUGCAUUUUGCUUAUACAUUUUUAGUUUAGAAAAUAUGGUGAUUUUAAACACUUAAUUUUUGUUGAAAAAUUGAUGUUAAAUCAGUAGGUUUGAUCUCAUUUUGUUGUGUGUGUAUGUGUUGGGAGAGAGGAGGUGCUCCUGGACACAGUAACGUCUUCUUCAGUGACUGGGGGUGUUUUCUGUGUGAUGUGUUUGGAAAGUUAAUAUUUAACUGAUCUUUUCAUCCUGGCAUAUUUAAUGCAACAUUUCAUGACAUUUAGUUUAAAUACCAGUCUGAUUUCAAAAAAAGUGUAUUUUUAGAAUCAGUUACCAUGGCGUUGACAGGAUAACUCAUUUAACUUUAUAUGGCAUGUGACUGGUAUCAGAGGAAACAUACUUUUGGUGAUUAUGUUGAAAUUAUUUCAUAGUAAAUUUUAAAGUAGGCUUAUACUAAUGUUAUAUUUGUAAACUAGUUGUAUUUUUUAAUGCAGUGAUUUCAGUGAAAGUGUUUUUCCCCCCUUCUUAGAGUUGAAAAGCAAUUACAGAUGGACUAGUGUGCUCUACUUUAGUGAGAGCAUUAUCUUAACACUAGAUUGGAUAUUUGCAUUUUUUUAUGGGUCUGUCGACUCUUACUCAGAAUUCCAUUUUGGAAAAGGUUUUCUUUAAGCUUUAUUACUGGAUAAAUUCUUUUCAAACCUUUUAUAAUGGCUUUUCCUUUUUACUUGAAUAAUGGUCUCAGUAUUUUAAGGAGGGGAAACUUGAAUUUUUGUACCAUAAAUGCAUUGCCCACCUCCUUGAACUUGAAAAUGAAGCAACAGGGUUACAGACUCCCAGAUGGCCCAGAUGGUAGAGUGGUUUCUAGGAGGGUUUCCUCAGCUUUUCAGGUUUGUUUGAAAAAUCUGCAUGGUGGCUUGGUAUAGGAAUUGUCUUAAUUUCACUGACUGUGUUUUUGUUUCAUAAGUGGUUGGUGAAAUUAUCAGCAAGCCAGAAUUUAUUGUUAUGUGAGCAAAUUUUGGGAAAUUUAAGAAUGGGAAAAUGGUGGCAUUGAGAUUUUUUGAAGCCCUCAUAAAUCAUUUUGUGUGUUGAUUUUUGUAUAAUUUUUUUCAUUUCAGGUUGAAGAAAAGCUAAAUAUAAGUAUUUAUAUUAAAAGUAUAUAUUAUUAAUAUUAUGUUGCAGGCCUUGGAAAUACUGUGGACAUUUCUUAUGGCUGUAAAUGAGUCAUUUGGCCUUUCUUCAAAAUUUGCAUGACAAAAGGGCAUCAUAUAGUAAAAAUGCAGUUGGAACUGAGAGUAAAAAAAUGUAGGCUUGUGUUUCUAAUUAAGUAGUUUUGUAAAUGAGGGCAAGUCACUUCUCUAAAUGCUUAAUUUAUCCUAAAAGGAGAUACUGAUCCCUUCAUACCUCAUAGGGUUAGUUUGAGGCUUGAGUUAGAUAAUAGAUAUGAAAGUACUUUGUAAAUUGUAAAGUGCUUUGCAAAUAAAAAUGAUUACUGUUAUUUGUA